AUACCGUCGUACUGGGAGGCGGGAUGACUGGGCAGAUAAGCUUAUGCUCAGAUGUGCCCGGAAUCCGUAUAUCCUGAUCUCUUCCGGGGUAAGAGGGGAGGUAUAUUGGGUCCGUAGAUCGUUGCCCUUUCCACCGUGACCGCGGUGAACAACGGGAGCAGCAGAUUGGGAAUCAUACCAGUUCUUCCAGACCUUUCGCCAUGUGGUCAUUGCAGCUUUUGCCAUCGCUGGUCCUGAUAGCCAGCUUGGCAGGGUCAUCGUGGGCGGCCACCACCAAUAAUCUCACAAUCAAGACCAUUACCGGGGUCUACACGGGACUCAUUGACCCCGAGUUUCCCAAUGUCCGCCAGUUCCGCAGCAUCCCCUACGCUGAGCCACCGCUAGGAAAGCGACGAUGGCUUCCCCCCGUCCCAGCCUAUCCGUCGCUCCGCCACUCAUAUGCCUUCCGCUUUCCUCCGCCGUGCUCGCAGUAUCUAACAGGCAACCUCACGGUAUGGAACUCCAACAUCACGGGCUUCGCCAUCAGGGCGUACGGGCAGCCCCUAGUGGCCGGGUCCAUGGCGCAAGCGUCGUCCGAAGACUGCCUGUACCUCGCCAUCUGGACGCCCACCAACGCUACGCGCGACUCCAACCUCCCCGUCGCGCUCUUCUUGCCCGGUGGCUCCUUUGUCACGGGCGGCGUCGACGUCCCUUACCAGCAGCCGGCGCCCUGGGUACAGCGCACGCAGCGCCACGUCUUCGUGUCAGCCAACUACCGCGUCAACAUAGCGGGCUUCCCCUGGGCCGCGGGUCUCGAGGAGCAGAACCUCGGCAUCCUCGACCAGCGGGCCGCGCUGGAAUGGGUCUACGCCAACAUUGCAGCGUUCGGCGGGGAUCCCUCGCGCAUCACGCUCUGGGGCCACUCGGCCGGCGGGGUGGCCGUGGACAUGGUGGCGCACGCCUUUUACGACAACCCCCUCGCCGCGGGCCUGUUCAUGCAGUCCGGCACCGCCAUGGUGAACGUCAGCUACCCGGACGCGACGCACAGCAAUUUCUCGUUUGUGGCGCGCAACGUGGGGUGCGAUUUCCCGGACUCGCCGGCCGACGAGCUCGCGUGCAUGCGGCAGGUGCCCAUGCCGCUGCUGCAGAACUUCAUCGGGCAGUACCGCGACGACCACAGCAGCGCGCCGAGUGCAGAGUUCCCGCCCCUGGGGCCUUUUCGUCCGAUGCCCGACGAGAAGACGGUCUUCUUCAACUACACGCUCCGCGCACUGCAGGGCCGGCUCCCGCGCCUGCCCGCCCUCGUCAGCACCACCUCCAACGAGCAGUCCUCGCUCACCCGCUACCCGCGGGAAAAUGUCACCGAGGGGCCGUACCAGCCGCGCGUCGACCGCGAGACGGUCAGCAUCUUCGUGUGCCUGGCCAGCAACACCACCCAUUCGAGGGAGAAGCAGGGCCUCGGCGGCGUCACGUACCGGUACGAGUACGCGGGCAAUUUUAGUAGUUUGACGCCCCUGGGCUGGAUGGGCGCCUACCAUGCGAGCGACGUGCCCAUGAUCUUUGGGACGUACGAGACGGUCGGCGGGCCAGGGGUGACUGAGUUCCAGAGGGAGGUGGCGACGGCGAUGCAGGACUACGUGCUGGCCUUCAUGGAGGAUCCGGCGGGCGGGUUGAAGAAGAUGGGCUGGUUGCCGUAUGGAGAGGUGGAAGGGAGUAGCGUUGGCGGGAGGAAUUUGAUGAGAUUUGCCAGUGGCGGUGAGGUAGCCAGGAUUGUGAACGGGGGCGAGGUCGACGAUGCGUGUAUCCUAGGCAGGGAGUACAAUUCGAGUCCGUAGCGCUAGGGGACGGGGGUGGAAUGGAUUGCCUGGCCUGCAGGUUGCCUUGUUAAUACCGUCCAGCGUGUGUUCGACCUGAACGCAGGACAUGACGACGUCUUGCAGCAGGCUCUUUUCCAUUCUUUGGUUGUUCACUGGCAGAACCUAGUCCUCAUGUCCUUAUGCUUGUCAGCUGACAGUUCGAUGAAGUGAACAACCUACCUACUAGUUAAGGUCAGGGAGGCAGUAGUAGAUACAGUAGUCAGUGCUCACCAUCUUCCAUGGUCGUCUC